AUGGACACGGCUGGAGACGUGCACCUCUGGAGCUGCAUGGUUCAAAACCCCCCUCUUGGACCCGGCCAGAGCACCAUGCAGCUCCAGAGGGGUCCGGACACGGCCAGAGCUUUCUCACUUUCCCAACCAGCGGGGUUUGUGCUUGGUAGACAUCUAUGUUCCUUUUUACCUGAGGCGGAGACUGAAGAAUUGAGUAACAUCCAAGCGAAUCCCAAGCUAGAAGAUAUCUUGCGCUCUUCGAGGGAUGGCUGGAGCUCAGCAAUGUUGGGAGCUAUGGCAGAAAAUGAGGAACACAUGGCCGAGAAUGACAGUUCUAGCAAAGAGCUGCUUGAUGAGAUACUGAAUGGAACAUCUCCAUGGCGAGAAGCUUCACAUGUGUGCGCGAGGUUGGAGAGAGAGAGUUUGGACAACGAGGUCAUUGGAGACAAAGAAUGA